AGUAGAUGGUUCUUCAUUGCGCUAUAAAGUUUUUGCUGUUACAAGUACAGAGAUGGCCGUGUCCUUGUAGCUGGCGGCAAAUCAAAUCAUCUUCACUUGUGGUGUUUGGAGUCUAAGCAGCUGCUAAGAAUAAUCCAGAUGCCGACCAAAGUGCGAGCUGUUCGCCACCUAGAAUUCCUUCUGGAUAGCUUUGAUGGUGGCUCUAAUCAGGUGCUUGGAGUGCUGAGCCAGGAUAACAUCCUGCGAUUUAUCAACAUACGGACAUGUAAGCAGCUCUUUGAUGUCGGCAGUCACGAAGAGGGAAUCAGCACAGCUACCAUGAGCCCCAAUGGAAGAUACAUUGCGGCCGUAAUGGAGAAUGGCAGCCUUAACGUGUAUAGCAUCCAGGCCCUGACACGAGAAGUGAAUAAGCCACCCCCACCUCUGUUUAAAGUGAUCGAAGAGUCCUCUAAAGACACAAGCACACUCACCAUGCGAGUGACAUCGAGGACCUCGGUGAGGCCACGGAAAUCAAAAGGAGGCAAAAUCCAGGCCAAGGUGUUAAGGCCACAGCCAGACAUGUCACAUGAGGACAAGGAGAACGAGCUGCCAGAGGGACUGAACAAGAAGCGGCUGCAGGCCUUGCUGAAGGGAUUUGGGGAGUAUCCGGCCAAAUACAGGAUGUUCGUUUGGCGGUCCUUACUUCGCCUUCCGGAAAACCACUUGGCUUUUAGCAGCCUGCUAGAUAAAGGAACCCAUUCGGCCUUUAUGCACCUUCAGAAUGAUUACCCGAUUAGAAGCAGAAAGCUCUUGAGAGUCUUACAAAGGACAUUAUCUGCCCUCGCUCACUGGUCUACCAUCUUUGGCGAGAUGCCCUACGUUCCUCUGCUGGCCUUCCCUUUUGUUAAGCUCUUCCAGAACAAUCAGCUCAUCUGCUUUGAGGUGGUUGCUACUGUAAUAGUGAAUUGGUGUCAGCACUGGUUCGAGUUCUUCCCAAAUCCUCCAGUCAAUGUCCUCAGCAUGGUGGAAAAUAUCUUGGCACAUCAUGACAAAGAACUGCUCCAUCAUUUUAUGAAUUAUAAUAUAACAUCACAGGUAUAUGCCUGGCCUCUUCUGGAAACUGUGUUCUCUGAGGUUCUGACGAGAGAGGAAUGGCUGAAAAUGUUUGAUAAUAUCUUUUCCAACCACCCUUCCUACUUUCUGAUGGUAGUUGCAGCGUACAUUAUAUGUUCCAGGGCUCCGUUGCUUCACUGUAAUCAAAAGGAUGACUUUGAGUAUUUCUUCCAUCAUCGGAACAACCUGGAUAUCAAUAAUGUGAUCAAAGAGGCCUACCACCUCAUGGAGUGCACCCCAGCGGACAUCCAUCCACGCCAUAUGCUGGAUGACUUUGUGCCACUAACCAAGGGGCAGUACCCAAUAUUCAACAAGUAUCCCCAGUUCAUUGUGGAUUACCAGUCUCAAGAGCGGGAGCGAAUCAGGCAGGACGAAAUUGAGUACCUAAGAGAGAGGCAGUUGGUUCAGGAGAUAGAAGCAAAAGCAGUGGAGCGCCAAGUGGACGAUGAAACCUGGUAUCGGAAACAAGAGCUGCUUCGUGAGGCUGAGGAGCAAAGGAGGAAGAUCCUGCUCAAGGAAGAGGAGAAGCUAGCAGAGCAAAGGCGGAGGCUAGCUGCUGUGAAGAGAGAGCUGAAAGUGAAAGAGUUGCAGUUGCUGGAAGCCACAAGAAGGCGCUUUCUGAAAUACCAGCAAGACCAGCGGGAAAUGGAGCUCCGACGACUUGAUGAUGAAAUUGCAAGAAAGGCAUCCAUGAGAGAUCAAGAAACAGCCGCUGUUGUUCAAGACAUAGAAGUCCACCAGAUGGAGCUCGAAUCGCAAAGACGGCUUUUUGAACAGAAACUGGUCAAAGAGCAGGAAAGUGUGAUGCAGGAAGUAAAAGGGGAGCUGGACACGAGCCGGAAGAAGGCGGAACUCGAAGAGCGUUUGCUGCAGAGGUUGAUUGAAACGCGGCAGGAUGGCGAACGGAGAGCUCAGCAACUGGCUGAAGAAUGCCUGGCCAAAGCCGAUCGAGAGCGCUUGGAUGCAGACUGGCGUGCUCGGGUCCUGCUGAAGCAAAGGUGCGAUGACAUGGAUCGUGAUGUUCACUCUCAAGAGCUGGCCAAGCUCCUCCGUUGCAACAGCGCGACUGAAGCAGAGCUGCUCACGAUGAUGGAAGCGGAAGCCAAGGAAGCAGAGGAGGUUCUUGAAAAGAGAGAGCAGCUGGAGGCAGAGCAAGCCGUUACAGCAGCCUUGGAUGCCAACAGGAAGCGCUGUCUGGAACGUGAAAUGAAGGAUGCCGUGGACCUGGCUGUAAAACUGCAGGAUGAAGAUGGUUAUUUUGAGAGACUGCAUGACUUGAGAGCCUCCCAGACUCUGCAGAGUUCGGUGUUUGGUCAGACACGAGGGAAGACUCAGCUGCAGCCUGGCAACAUCUGCUUGAAUGAUUCAUCGGGAAGAGAUUCAUCGGCACACUUCUCUUUAGAUCGAGGUCGGGAAGAUCUGGAAUCAAAAGAGCGGGAGUUGAUGGCAGAUGUCAGACAGCUUAGACAAAAACUUACAUCACAGGCUCGGGCAAAGAUUACCCCAACUCCUGAUGCACAGUGGAGCAGCUGAAGGGACAUGAUCCAGCUGCAGAGGGACUUUGCAUUUUAAGUAGCUGCACUGAACAGCUUACAGGAACUGGUUUUACCCCUUUCUAAAUGCAUUCAGAGAUAUUUGUACAUAAAAAUUAUUUUAAACUUGUUUUACUAUUUUAACAAAAUGUUAAUUGAAUAAUUUUUAAUAAACAUCAACAUCACAAGUCUUGUUGAUAUAUAGGAGCUCCUUGUAACUUAAAAACUAGUGAUAUUUCUCUAAUGGAAAAGAGUUGUGUGACCUAUUUCAGCUGUUCUUACAAAACACUGCAAUGCUUGGUGAUUA